AUGGCGAAGCGAUCUAAGAAGAUUGAACCUGCCGAAGCAGUGGGCGAGAACAGGGACAAUGUUGUUGCAAACCUACCCGCGGAGCUGAUCGGCAUGAUCGCUACGUAUCUUCGCGAGAUGAAACCCGCUGGAAUACUCGUCACGAAAAAGAACGGAACGUACAAGACGCGCAAGUGGGGUUGGAUGAAACUGAUGCAGGUCUGUUCGUGGUGGAGAAAAGCGGUACAUGGAACACGCGUGUUGUGGGCUCUAGACGCGUUCUCUUUCCCGGUCAAGGGUCUCAUUAAGGACUUCGCAAUACGCGCUGGAGAUAUGAGCCUCGUCAUAGACUUGGACCGGCUUCUUGAUUCCUGCUGCUCAAAAUCCCACUCGAACGACUUUCACUGGCUCUUCCAGAGCCAAGAGGGACGCGGGCUACUAUCCAAGGCGCGCAUCAUCAGCGGGACGUUCUCGCUUGGACGACGUAAUAAUUCGACGGUGAAUUAUUACAGCAACGACCUGAGCGUUCCAUCAUUACUCAAAGGCCUGAACGGUCUUCGCUGCCCCAAACUCACCACCCUGGUCGUCCCAUACACCCGCAGCGCUUCACUGCAGACGCGCCGCUCUUCCGUGAACUCGCCUCAAGUGCAUGGACCCUGUCUGACCACGCUACGUCUCGUCGGACUCGGCAUGGAUCUCAGGACCGCCGAUGAGGUGAAAGGCGGCUACGCACGAACGGGCUAUGAAGCGUCGAGGGCGUGGACAUGCGAGCCAAUGGCAAACCUGUCGUCGUUGCUGGACGCGAUCAAUAAACUUCCCGUUCUUGAAGAACUUCACCUGGACGGUAUGCAUUUCCAAAUCGAGAAUGCAAAAUCCCCAACCCCGGUCACGGUCCAGUCCCUGCGACGCGUUCUCGUGCGCUGUAGCGAGCAUGGGUGUUUGCCGACUGUCAUGAAACACAUCACCGCGCCAAAUGCUCGUUGGGACAUCGUAACGCGCAUCCAACCUCCAAACGACGUAUACGAAUUGUUGUGGUCUGUCGCAGGCCUCGGAGAGGGCAACAUGAGACUGUAUGUGGAGGACAACGACGACGUCAAGUGGUUCACGUUCACGCAGCCGGGCGAUGCAGGAGAACAAACGCCUAUUUUCAGUGACGGAUCCGACCAUCACGACAUCCAAACUCAUCGUCGGUGGGGCCCUAACAUCUACGCCCGCCCUGGUCGGUUAUCCAUCGCAUACGAAGGCGAUGUCAACACACCGAUAGAGUUGAUCAUGAAGAGCCGGGUAACGACAGUCGUCUACGCCGGCCGUUACGAGGACAAGGGAGACAUCCGCCUAUGGGCCAAACCACACGACGAUUGGCGCUUCACCGCCCAUUUGAGUACUGAGUGCGCGUCUGUGUAUCUGUCGCCACAAGUACUGUGCGAUUCUUAUGCGACGCACGCGUCUUGCCCUUCUCAUAUAACGUUCAUAUGUAACGACCGCUGGUACGGGCCAUCCGGUCUGGAACAACUUAGCGUGGCCCUAUCAGCCUGGGAUGUGACUGGUAAACAUCCCACGCAGAUCGUCAUCGCAGGAGUCAAACGUUGGUGGGAUAACGAGGCCGUCGCAUCCAUGGCCGCGAACUACGGCGAGCGCGUGGUUGAUCAAAGGGAAGCGACGGGACUCGUAUUCAGGCGCCCAGCGGAUCCUCUCAUGGCUGAGCUCCAAGUUGCCCGACACAAUUACGCGCACGCCAAGAUGCGUGAGCUAGCCUACCGUAUUCGACAAGGACACGUCCGAGAGAUGUCAUGA